UUUAUUGGAUGCCAACCGCCGUUAACCCUAAUCGAAGAAGUGCCUCACUGUACUUGUGGUUUUUCAUGAUUACAGAAGAUAAAGUUGGACGCAAGAAUGUAUACAACAGCGUGCUUCAAAUAACAAGUGACUGUGGAGUAUUUCAUAAACAUUGGCUAGUAGGCUGGAGAGCAGCUAGCAAUCUAACUAGCUAAAACAGCGUUCGCUGUCUAACGUUCGCUGGCUUGAUAACGUGAACCGUUUUAACUUUACCUAGCUACCUGCCACAUUAUCUAUCCAGCUGCAAGAUAUUGUGCAAAGCAGUCUGCGUUUCAUCUUGCGACACAAAAAGGGAACAUCAUGGACAAGGCAGAUUUCCUAAAGGGUCUCCCUGUUUACAACAAGAGCAAUUUCAGCCUGUUCCAUGCAGACCCUGUGUGCAAAGCAUCGAACCGAAGACCGUCCGUGUACCUCCCGACAUGCGAGUACCCCUCAGAACAGAUCAUUGUCACGGAGAAAACAAAUAUCCUCCUUCGCUACCUUCACCAACAGUGGGACAAAAAGAAUGCAGCGAAGAAGAGGGAACAGGAUCAAGGAGAGGGAGGGAGUCCAGCACCUCCACACAAAAUUGCAAGGACAGAUAGCCAAGAGAUGAACGAGGACUCUUAGGAGUGUGUGUACGGAUGCGUGCAUCUGGAGGAAGUACAGGCACACAACAGACAUGACUAUAAAGACAUACGAGACACUCACACUUUGACAAACAACCUGAGAAAAUGUCCACUCUGGUUUGGGAAAAUGAAAAAAAAAGUGUCUUUUUUUGUUGUUACCUUCAAAGAGUUUCCUGCCUUGUCUAGUGCCCUGUUUUCAGCUUCACUGCCUAGCCCUGAAACAUCUUUCCACACAGUUUGCGUCAGCAGACCCAAUACACUGAACUUCUGCCUGCCACAGCAGUGGAAGACCCAAGGAUGUAUAUAAACCCUGGAUUGAUGAUGCAAUGUAUUGGCCAUUGAGAGGCUUUGAAGCCACUGGUCUGCCAUAUUGGCACUCUCCAGUAGGAGCAGUCAGCCGUAUUUCAAUUAAAUGUUUGAAGAACAAAAUUACAUGCAUUUCAUGCUUUUUUUUGCUGGACUUGGGACAUUAACCCUAUUACUCAAAUUAUCUCACAUAAUAUAAUUUAAAAGUAUGCAUUAAAGUGUCUAAUAGGUGUCAAAAACAAAUGUGGCUUCCACAAUUUUUUAUUUAUUUUUUAUUUAUUUUUACAAUGGAGGAUUACCAAGAUGGCUGUGCUGAGGCUUCAAUACAGUGCCCCCUGUCAGUCAUCCAGGGUUUAUACACAUCACUGGGAAGAACCCUCCCCCUGGACUUAAUGUUCAACGUGCAUUAUCUUCCAUUCUGCUCUGGAUUUGUUUGUGUUUGAAGUUUGCUGCUUUGUUUUACUGUCAAUUUUAGUUCUGAGAUGUUUACUAGGACAAGUCAGUUAAGAACAAAUUCUUAUUUACAAUGACGGCCUACUCCGGACGAUGCUGGACAAAUUGUGCGCCGCCCUAUGGGACUCCCAAUCAGCCGGAUGUGAUACAGCCUGGAUGACAAGUGACUCAACAGUUUACUAGCUUAGUUUGAAUGUUUGCUGCUUUCUGGCAAAGUAUCCCUGUUAAAAGAAAUGUAUAAUGGAAUGUCAAGCCAAAUUGUUUUAGUCACAGGUGUUGACUACUCAGUUUUCUAGAAUUGCUUUUCAAUUUGUUUACACUGCAAUCGAUGGACCCAUUAGGUAUUUUUGUGAAACUCAAAAGUUAUAGCACCGGUAGAACAAAGAAUAGUAGUCUCCAUCAAUAUGAGCGGUAGAGAGAAUGUUGUAUUCAGUAUGAAGAACUACAGUGCCUUGUGAAAGUACACACCCCUUGCACAUUCUUCACAUUUUUGCUGCAUUAGAAUUAAAUCUAAAAAGUAGAUCGGUUGGAAAAUAAAAUGUAAUCCUGUGUUGUCUUUUUUUUAUAUAGCAAAAUGUGAAGACUGCAACGGGUAUGUAGACUUUCACUAGCGACUGUAUGUAAAUAUAAUAGCCAGUGCCUGCUGUUAGAUAUUAAGGUCUUGGCUUGAUAUUUAUAAAAAAUAACUUACUUUGAAUCUGCCUUUUGUAAAAUGAAUACAUGUAGCUACAUGGAUAUUAUACUAGAUGCUGUUAUUAAAUGUUAAGAAGCACUGCUA